UCGCGAAUAGCUUCAAAGCCUCGCGCAUCGUGCGGUCCUGGUCAGCGAUCGCGUGAAUCUUUUAUCACAUUUUCGCGAUGGCUGUUGCUCGACAGGGAGUUUGGUCGCAUUCCGCUGGUCUGGUCAGUGCAAUCGCGAAACAAUUGAAGCUCGUAAAUUUUAAGCCGGUCGCAAAAAUCACUGUUAAGUUUGAUCCUUUCGAAGAACGAGUGAAACAUGCAAGAGAUCUCUUCUACUACAUUUCUGCUUCAAAAAUCGCAAAAACAAAUCCAUUUUGCCAACUGAAGGCGGAUGUUGUUUGUGAUCGCUCCGAACCUACUGUUACCUGCAAUCUCCUGUCCGGUGAGAAGAUAAUUUUCAAAUUGGGUAAUUUGGAUGCUCUUGACGUGUUAAAACUGUACAACAAGCACGUGAGUUCGCUGGUGCCGGAAGAAGUGGUCGAAGAAAAAGGAAAACCGAAGAAGAAGCUGAAAAAGAACAUAAAGAUCAGGAUACCUCGACGUCGCCGUUAAAUAAAGUGCUAAAUACAGCGAAAAAUAAGCUCACACGAAGCGGAACCUACGUCAGAUAAUUUGAAAAAUAACAAUAGAUAAUCGAAAUAAAAGAGACACGAAAACGGGAGAGCGAGCGUUACUUUUUUAUGAGAUAAACAAUUAUCGUGGGAGAGGGAAAUUUUGUAGGCGCUUUAGGAGCGAUAAUAAACAAAAUUGAAAAAAUCUAUCGAUUAUCGAA